AUGCCUUUAUUAACUCAAUAUACAUACAUCAGGCGUGCUAUCACAAAUGCCAGUGCUCCUACUCAGCCUUCCCCUGGGCCCACCGUUUACAGGAGGAUUGCUGCCAAACCUGGACUGCCUCCAGAGUUAUUUGGAUGCCCGGAAUCAGGAUCCAGGACGCUGCUAUCCUCCACAUAUACUCCCAGCACACAACAGUCUCCCACUGUCCCUCUGCAGAUAAGCGAGCAACUGGCACCGCUCGAAUGUUCGCCAUUCCACCGUCCCUAUCAUUUGUCCUAUCUCUCAGCAACCUCGCCGCCUCACCAAGCACCUCUGAAUGUGCACCAAUGCAACACACGUCCUGACACGUGUGUGGUACCUGCCGUUGUUCAGCCGCUGCCAUUGCCUAUAUCCAAACUGUCCCAAGAGCUAGUCAACGCGAUUCUCGAUCAAGUUGCCUAUACACGCGACCGAGACAAGUUCCCUGUCAUCCCGCAAGGCGAUUUGGUUAGCUGUUCUCUCACAUGUCGUAAAUGGCUGGCCCGAAGCUCUUAUCAUCUGCUGCGACGCCUCCACUUUGAAGCGCCAGGAGACUUCUCCACGCAAGAAGACAGCGAGAAGGUUUAUGGACGUUUGGAGCAGCUCAUGAUAGCGUCGAGGACCUCAUGCAGACUCAUGGCGUACAUCACUGGACUGCCGGUUCUAUGGAGUGGCGGCAUGCCUUCCCUGGUUCUCCUGGUGGACAACAUCAAGCUCGCUUUCCCUCGACUAUCCAUUCUACGCUUUGACGGCUCCCCUUGA